AUGGAACUGGGUGCCGCUCCCGGCGUCGCGGAGGGGCGGCGCCUGGGGACCCGCUCCGUCGCAUCCUGCCGGGGGUGCGGGGCGGUGACUCCUUUGCCGGGAGCAGGGCAGCCUCCGCACUCCGGGAGGGCGUUCGUCCCUCUGCAGGCAGCUCGGUCGCGGGGCCCCUGGCCCAUGGAGUUGCCCAAGACGCCGAGUGACUCCUCCCCGGGGACCCUCCCUCUCUGGGGCGCGUCAUUCUCCCCACCCCUGGGUCCCGACCCCGGCGGCUUCUCGCACGCCGGCCACGCCGGGGACAAGUCUCGGCCACCUGUUCCGGAGCCGGGGAGCGGGGGCGCCGUCCUCCCGCGCGUCGGUCCCUGCGCCCAGGGCCCCAUGGAGCUGCCGGCCAGCAACGCCAGCUGCGAGAACGGUUCCCUGAUCAGCCUAUACUGCUCUUCUCAACAAGUCCUAUGCCGGAUUGUCGGUGACUUCAGCCCUGAGAUGCCCAGGAAUGUCACCUCUAGCAGCUGGCGGGAGAGGCUCAGGCAGAACUACAGCUUCUAUGUCGGCCUGGGUCUGGCCUUCCUGUCCAGCUUUCUCAUUGGCAGCAGCGUCAUCCUCAAGAAGAAGGGCCUCCUGCGACUCGUGGCCUCGGGGGCCACACGGGCUGUGGACGGAGGCUAUGGCUACCUGAAGGAUGCAAUGUGGUGGGCUGGAUUUCUCACCAUGGCUGCUGGAGAAGUUGCCAACUUCGGGGCCUACGCAUUUGCUCCUGCUACAGUCGUCACUCCUCUGGGAGCGCUGAGUGUCCUCAUAAGUGCCAUCCUUUCCUCAUAUUUCCUGGGAGAGAGUCUGAAUCUGCUGGGAAAGCUGGGCUGUGUGAUCUGCGUGGCUGGCAGCACAGUGAUGGUGAUACAUGCCCCUGAGGAAGAGAAGGUCACCACUGUCAUUGAGAUGGCUGCCAAGAUGAAAGACACAGGGUACAUCGUGUUUGCUGUGCUUCUGCUGGUGUUCUGCCUCAUCCUCAUCUUCGUCAUCGCCCCACGUUAUGGACAAAGGAAUAUCCUGGUUUACAUCAUCAUCUGCUCUGUGAUCGGGGCCUUCUCUGUGUCUGCCGUCAAGGGUCUGGGCAUCACCAUUAAGAACUUCUUCCAGGGGUUGCCAGUUGUGCGGCACCCCCUCCCCUACAUCCUGUCCCUCAUCCUGGCACUUUCACUCAGCACUCAGGUCAACUUCCUCAACAGGGCGCUGGACAUUUUUAAUACCUCUCUGGUGUUCCCCAUCUACUACGUGUUCUUCACCACGACCGUGGUUACCUCCUCCAUCAUCCUCUUUAAGGAGUGGUACAGCAUGUCUGCCGUGGACAUUGUGGGUACCCUCUCUGGCUUUAUCACCAUCAUCCUGGGUGUGUUCAUGCUUCAUGCUUUCAAAGACCUGGACAUCAGCGAGACCAGCUUGCCCCAUAUGCACAAAAACCCAACCCCACCUCCCGCCCCAGAGCCCACUGUCAUUAGACUAGAAGACAAGAAUGUCCUUGUGGACAAUAUAGAGCUCGCCAGUACCCCAUCACCAGCAGAGAAGCCCAAAGUAUUUAUAAUCCAUUCCUAAAGCUUGGAAUACAUGAGUGAGAGGAUGAGCCCUAUGGUACAGCCUGACUUCUCAAUUUCAGAGCCACCUGGUUAUUUUCAGCACAACUGUUACCAAUGGGCUCUCUUUUCUGAGAUGUUCAUUUAUACCUCAUCACGGUUUCCAGGAGAAAAAUCUCUACCCAGUGAGGGGUGGUGGCAGAACUUCCUGGAAACACAGCCUCAGUAACCAAAUACCCUACUUUAUUUGGUGCCAGCAGGUCCCCUGGACCUCCCUUCUCACUUGUUUCCUCGGUGCUGUCUCUACGUUGUUGGAAAGAAGAUAGCAUUUGACCCGUUGAAUGUAGCCAGGCCAAGAACUUUCCUGAGAUGCUGGUCAUCAGGAAAUCCUUAGCACUAGUUCUCCUGAGACUGAAUCGCCAUUCCUUAGCCCAGGGAUGAAGUGCAGCUGGCUCCCAGAGGCCCAGAGAGCAAUUCGCCAUGCCUCCUCAUCCAGAGCUGACAGAGACACAACUACUGCAAAAUGUCUUCCUGCUUUUACCACUUCCUCUUUGGAGACAAAAGCAAGACCUCAGCUGACCUUCUUACUGUGAAAGCCACCUGCUGUCUGAGAAGCAUUUCCACUGGCCCCAUUCCCUGAGCACUGCACCCUGGAGGUCAGCAUCUUUGUUUCCAUCAGCUCCACUCCCUCCCCAUCCCUUACCUCUCUAUAUACAUCCUAAGGAGCAGUCACUGAGACAUUCAGGCAGUUGUCUUAGAACUCAAAACAAAACGACGAAACAAGAUGCUUUACAGCCAAGCCCUGUUGGCCAACCUCAGUGUUUCAUUUUGCCUCCUUCUGGAAAGAGAACAGCAGUUGCACUGCUCUUAAAAGUAGCUUGGCUGUUGAGCUAGAAUUUGGCAGAAUGCACUUUCCUUUUCCUCAAGGAGUAAACCAAAAUAUGAUUUGGGGACAUGGGGAGAAGAGUGAGGAGCAAAGUCAGGACUUGGCAGAAAGCAGCCACAAGCUCUCUGGAAACCAGGGGCUAACUUUUGUGUUUACUCUGGUGCCCUACCAAGAACCCAGGUGGAAAGGGCUCUGGGUAGUUUCUGGCUGCAGCCUUAGAGGCUUGGCCAGUGGCAUCAGCUUUGAACUUCAGUGACCAAGUAGGGAUAGAGGCUUGCCGUGGAGUGCAUUCUGGCUGUGGACCAGAUUGCCACCAAGUCCCCCACUCCACUGAUGAGCUGCCCACACUGGGAAGCAGCGUGUCAUGACUGCUCCAACACCACUUGCUUUGGGGACUGCCUUUGGUCUCCUCACAUUUGGCCAGAGGCAUUCAAAAAACAAGAGCAGCUGGAGAGGCGUAAUUGCUAUUCCUUCCCUUCCUGUCUUUUUUCUAACUGCAAGAGUGUGGGAGAUGGUACAAGGACCAUUGAAAUGGAAGUAAGGGAGCCAGUAUAUUUGUGAAGAGGGAAGACUCGAUCCUCAGUCUCCAAACUGGUACAGAGCCUCCCCUGUCUAACUCCAUACCCCUGCCCUGAAUUUACGUCCCAGGCCCUAAGAACAGCCAAGCCCAGGCCAAACUCUUGCUGGCCUUGGAGCUCCAAAGGCUCGGCUGACCAACAGACUGGCUUUCUGCACCUCCAGCCUCAAAUCUCCAGUUUUUAAUGAAUGUGGAUUUCUGUCUGUAACUAAAAUCAAUGCAACACGGUGGAUCUUGAGAAUGGCCGUAAUCUGAGGUCCCUGAGAGUGUGGUCUGCAGGGUCAGGAAUAAAGACCUCUGAGUGUGUUUA